UUUUGCCGGGCAAAAGGUUCGGCAUUGCCCUGUCUUGGAGCCAUGGGCUGCACGGUGAGUGCCGAGGACAAGGCGGCCGCGGAGAGGUCUAAAAUGAUCGAUAAGAACCUCCGAGAAGAUGGGGAGAAGGCGGCCAGGGAAGUCAAGCUGCUCCUAUUAGGUGCUGGUGAAUCUGGAAAAAGCACCAUCGUAAAGCAGAUGAAGAUUAUCCACGAAGAUGGCUAUUCGGAAGAUGAGUGUAAGCAAUACAGAGCUGUGGUUUACAGUAACACCAUCCAGUCCAUCAUGGCCAUUGUUAAAGCCAUGGUCAGCCUCAAGAUAGACUACAGCAACCCUGGCAGAAUGGACGACGCUCAGCAGCUGUUUGCCUUGUCUGCCGCCGCCGAGGAGCAGGGCAUGCUACCUGAUGACCUUGCCAACGUUAUCCGACGACUGUGGGCUGACAGUGGCAUACAGAGCUGCUUCACACGCUCACGGGAAUACCAGCUCAACGACUCAGCGGCAUAUUACCUGAACGAUCUGGAAAGGAUAGCAAAAGCAGAUUACAUCCCCACCCAGCAAGAUGUGCUGCGAACUCGUGUCAAGACCACUGGCAUCGUGGAAACUCACUUCACGUUUAAAGAGCUGCACUUCAAGAUGUUCGACGUGGGAGGCCAGCGGUCCGAAAGAAAGAAAUGGAUCCACUGUUUCGAAGGCGUCACAGCUAUUAUCUUCUGCGUUGCUCUCAGUGCAUACGACCUGGUCCUGGCCGAGGAUGAGGAGAUGAAUCGCAUGCAUGAAAGCAUGAAGCUUUUCGAUUCCAUCUGCAACAAUAAGUGGUUCACCGAGACCUCCAUCAUUCUCUUCCUCAACAAGAAGGACCUCUUUGAGGAAAAGAUCACCCGGAGCCCCCUUGCCAUCUGCUUCCCUGAAUACACAGGGGCCAACAAGUUUGACGAAGCAGCCAGUUACAUUCAGACCAAGUUUGAGGACCUAAACAAGAAGAAGGACACCAAGGAAAUCUACACCCACUUCACGUGUGCUACCGACACCAAGAACGUGCAGUUUGUCUUCGACGCGGUCACUGAUGUCAUCAUCAAGAACAACCUGAAGGACUGUGGGCUUUUCUGA